AUGGCAGCCGUCCUCCUGACAGCGGCUCUGGCCGUCACCACCGCCGCAAGAAAUCUGGUCAGCCGCAAUACAACAAGCAGUUCAAGAGUGAACAGCACGACCUGCAACGGCGAGGAGUACGUCUACGAGGAGCUCGCGGGCUAUGGGUUCGUCAUCUCGGACGCGGUGGACAAGUUUGGUGACACCCUGGGCGGACUGGGGAGUGCCAUUCAUUUGGAAAAGGGAAGCUGGAGCAAGCUGUCAAAUGGCAGCUACACGGGAACGCUUUGGACGAUGCCGGAUCGUGGGUGGAACACACAGGGGACUCUGAAUUUCCAGCCCAGGGUUCACAAGUUUACCGUCGCCUUCCAUCCGGCACCCAAUGCAACGGUGGAAAACCAUUCUCCUCCUAACUUGGCUUUGAGCUACCUGGAUACUGUGAGAUUCUCUGGCCCUGAUGACACGCCUUGCACUGGUCUCGACGGUGACGUAUCCGGGCAUUUGUCUUACCCCGGCUUUCCCGAUCUGCCGGUUGCUACUUACACGGGUGAUGGAUUUGGUGGCGAAGGUCCUGGUGGCAAGAGGAUCGCCGUUGACCCCGAGGGAUUAGCCGUUAAUGAGGACGGUUCUUUCUGGGUCUCGGAUGAAUAUGGCCCCUAUGUGUACCUCUUCGACCAAACCGGCAAAAUGCUAACCGCCAUCCGACCCCCUGACGCCAUCAUUCCCACCAGAAACGGUACCGAAUCCUUCUCGAGCGCCAGCCCCCCACAAUACAUCGACAACGGCAACGGUCCCCUUCCCGACCCCGAGGACCCAGACACAGGCCGUGACAACAACCACGGCUUCGAAGGCAUAUCCGUAUCCGAGGACGGAAAUAGCAUCUGGGUUUUCCUCCAAGCCGCCACCGUCCAAGAAGGCGGUCUCGCGAAACAGACCCAACGCUGGACCCGUCUGCUGAAGUACGACAUCUCCUCGCCCCUCAACCCCCUGUAUGUGGCAGAAUACGUGGUGCCGCUCCCGGCGUACAACGACCCCACCGCUAAGCCGUCCAAGAACCCCAAGAUUGCCGCGCAGUCGGAGUUACAUGCGCUUCCGAAUGGGCAGUUCUUCGUGCUGGCCAGGGAUAGUGAUGCUGGUCGUGGAAUGGAUAAUUCGCUAUCGGUGUAUCGCCAGAUCGAUGUGGUUGAUAUUAGUACGGCUACUGAUAUCAAAGCCGAGGGCGGGUUUGACUGCGAGACUUGUGCGGUUGCUAGCUUUCAUGGUGUCCUGGAUGAGGGGAUUACGCCCGCUGUGUAUUGUGGAUUUUUGGAUUUCAAUGUGAAUUCCCAGUUGGGGAGAUUUGGGUUGCAUAACGGAGGGGAGCAGGAUGCUCAAUUGCUGAACGAGAAAUGGGAGUCCAUUACCGUGGUUCCUGUUGAGCCUAAACGCCCCGGUGAUGAUUACUUUGUCUUCAGUUUGAGUGACAAUGACUUUAUCACACAGAAUGGGUUCACGAAUGGUGGUCAAUUUCAAUAUGCUGACGCAAGCGGGUUUAAUCUUGACAGCCAGGCUUUGGUGUUCAAGGUCAAGAUCCCAAGCUAG